AAGCAACUAUCUUCAGUUGUAGAAUUUAUAUAGUUUUAAGCUCUAGAGUCUUUAGAAAAGAAUUUGUAUAUAUUUCACAGCAAAGGCUCAACAACUCAGUCCAAAGUGUUGGAAAGUUGUUUUUCUGAUUCAGUUAUGAAAGGAUCAGUGCUGUAACUUGACAUGCAUGUUCAUGGUAGCACAUCUUGCCUCAACCUAUCAAAACAGAUCAAUAACAUUUGAAAGCUUUUCUCUGUAAAAUAAUAGGUAUUUAUUUUGAAGUUAUGCAUAUUAAAAACCAAACAACCUAUUUAUUCAGAAAAUAAUUGCAAAUUAAUCAAAGAUUAAUUCAGGUCUACAUUAAACUGCAAAACAGUGAAAAUUUCACAUUUAAAACAUAUAUUCACUCUAAACAUUGAAACUUCAUUUCUCUCAUACAUACUUUCACAGUAGCAGCAGAGAACCCUGUUUACAGUUUACAGCAGUGAAGGCUACGACUUCAUAGCUACCUACUACUCCCUUCCGGCAGGGGGCAGACUACGAAGCUCUUUCUACUCGGUAUUACCUCGUUGACCCGAACACAUCAGGACCGUCCCAGAUGUUUUUCUUCCUGAUAACAGAAGGAUGGAGGUCUGCUCCUGGAUGUCUCCGGUAGAGUCCCCGCCACGCCGUGGGCUCCAUGCCCUGGCUGACUCAGUGUCAAAGCUGCUCAGCAGAGCUGGAGAGGAGAUCCUUGGUGCCCUGGAGAAGCGGUGCGCUGGGUUCAAAUCCUCUGGAAUCUCAGGUGACCUGUUUCAGCCGCUGCGACGGCUGUUCUCCGAGAGGAUGGCCGUGACUGCGCAGUGUAUAGUCGAGCUCCUGGAGCAGGAGGUAGUGGAGUACCGGCGGCAGUUGGAGCGGCAGAGCCGGCUGCUAGAGGUCGUGCUGAGCCCGGUGGUCCGCCUGAACAGAACAGAUUUUGUCAGCUCGACAGUUCCCAAGAUGACCCCAGCCAAUGAAAACCCCGCUUUACUGUCACAGCCCACAGGCCCAUCCAGUUCUGCCUGUUCAGACAUGUCUGCAGCCGAAAGUGACGAUAACUGGAGGGACAGUGAUAUUUCCUCAAGCAAGAAAGAAAAGGAGAAAACGGAUCAAGUGGAUCAGGCUGCCUUAUCAGACCGGCCAGUAAAUCAGAUCUGUGUCAUUUGUGGAAAAACCUUUCGUCACAAAAAUAAUCUGGUGAAACAUGCAGAAUCCCACUCAGACUCCCCAGAGCAUCUCUGUGGGGUCUGUGGACUGUGUCUCGAGUCUUCAAAUGCUUUAUCAGACCACCUUAAAUCUCACAGAGAAAAGGUUGGCACUGGUGGAACCUGUAAGGUCUGCAGAAAGACAUUUCAAAACAUGGAGACACACAUGAGGAGCCACACUGGAGUCAAACCGUUCACUUGUGACAUAUGUAGCAAGAGUUUCCCCCGACCAGGAGCACUAAGGAGGCACAAGAAAAUCCACAGCAGAAGGAAACCUGACACCUGCCAGGUCUGUGGACUGAACUUCACUGACGAUGAGCUGCUCCAGGAUCACUUGAAGACACAUGAAGGUGGUGAUGGAGAUCAGAACGAGGACGAUGACGUGAGGGAGGAGUGUGAGUUAGAGAAGAUGAAACCAAAGAGGAACACAGAGCCAGCCCCUGGUGGAACGUCUGUCUCACUGUGUUGCAAAGUCUGUGGUGACGCCUUCCACAGUGGAGGCUUUUUGAGAAAACAUGCAGAGACGCACUGCAAAGACUCUAAGAGCAUCUGUGGUGUCUGUGGAAAACAGCUGGACUCACCUAACAGUCUGCAGACUCAUCUGCAGACUCACAGAGAGACUAGUGGGACAUGCAGCAUCUGUGGGAAAAGUUUCCAGAACAUGGUGGCACACAUGCGCAGUCAUACAGGAAUCAAACCGUAUCGCUGCACAAUCUGCAGCAAACGCUUCCCCCGACCUGGAGCUCUGAGGCGACACAAGAAGAUCCACAGCGGUGAGCGACCAUAUGUCUGCCAGCUGUGUGGCAAGACUUUUAUCGAGAGCACCGCCUUGAAGACUCACAGUAGGAGUCACUCAUGGGAGGUCCACAAAGGCAAAGAAUUUGAGUCCACAGAGGACUGUAAGACCGUAAGUCCUGAGGGACAAAAUGCAAAGAUGCUCACUGGCUCACGCUCCUGCUGUAAAGUCUGCGGGGAGUCUUUUCAGAGCAAUGGUAGUUUAAGGAAACAUGCCAAGAGUCAUUCAGCAGAGUCAGUUUGUGGAGUCUGUGGUGAACGCCUGCUGCCGUCGCAAACACUGACAAACCACCUGCAGGUGCACAGAGAAGAAGGUAAAAUCUGUCACAUCUGUGGUAAAACCUACCAGAACAUUGAGACCCACAUGCGGGGUCACACUGGCGUCAAACCGUACCGCUGCAGCAUCUGCGGUAAAUCCUUUCCACGGCCUGGCGCUCUGCGGCGCCACAAAAGGAUACAUAGUGGGGAACGUCCGUACAUCUGCGAGUUCUGUGGGAAGACGUUCAUUGAUAACGGUGCUUUGACAACACACAUCAGGAACCACACCGGAGACAAACCUGCUAACCGUGUACCCUGCGAGACCUGUGGGAAGAGUUUAGCCUCAGUCCAUGUCCUGGAAGUCCACAAGAGGAUCCACACAGGUGAAAAGCCCUUUCUUUGCCGCAUGUGUGGAAAAGCCUUUAGGCAGGUGGGAGGGCUGAAUGCCCACAUGCUGACACACACCGGGGAAAAACCAUUUAGCUGCAGCCUGUGCAACAAGAGCUUCAGCACCAAAGGGUACUUGGAGACACACAUCCGUUUCCACAAGAAGGAGCGGGCCUUCAGCUGCCACCUGUGUUGGAAAGCGUUUGUCACCAAGAAUGACCUUAAGAAACAUCUGCUGACUCACACUGGUGAGAAGCCCUAUAGCUGUCGGGUCUGCGGCAAGAGUUACCAGGAGAAACGCUCCAGAGAUAUCCACAUGAAGAUUCACUUGGUUGUCGACAGCUGCAAAGAGCCAAUAACAGGGCAGGAUAAUGUGCAGCCAAACUUCACUCAGCUGUAAAGUUCCAGACCAGUUUGUUCUGGUCUAACAAUCUGAUAACAGAAAUAAAUUGUGGGAUAAAAUUUUCUUAGUCUCGGCAGAUUUGUUCCAUUUAACUUAAAUAUUAUAAACAUUUAUAUAAUAGUAUAUAAUAGUAUACAUUAGUUAAAUAAUACUAAUAGUAUACAUUAGUUAAAACUUUAAAGUGGAAAUUUUAAAUGAACCUUCAUAAUGUCUGUUCAAAAUCUUUUAAUCAGAAUUUUUUGUUGAAGAUGGAGCAAAGACAGCCAAGAGGUCACACCAAACCACAAUUAUCA